CAGGACUCCGCCUCCGCCGAGUUAAAGAAGCCCAAGUCCUCACCCGGGGAAAGACGCUGUGAUUGCAAGCGGGUCCCGGACUCUCUCUCCUCUGGUGGAAACAUGGACUACAAGUGUGCCCUUCGGGAAGAGACGGCGCAACUGGUGGCCGACUACCUGGAUUACUGCAGCCGGCGGGAAGGCUUCCAGGCACGGCCGCCUACUACCCCAGCGGCAGCUACGAUGCGCUCGGUGGCAAAAGAGCUCCGCCGGCGUUACCAAGACUUCUUCGAGUGCGCCCAGAAUCAGCUACUCGACCAGUCUCCUGAACAAGUCAUAACCGAGGUAGCGGAGCUCAUGAGCCAGGGCGAGUUCAACUGGGGCCGGGUGGCAGUGCUGGUGGUUUUUGCUGGGGCACUGCUGGAGAUGGAGGAACCACAGAAAGAGGAGCGAGUGCAGCCGCUUCGGAGGGAAAUGAGCCGGCGCUUGACGGAAGAACUCUGCAACUAUCUGGUGGAGAAGAAGGGCGCGUGGCUGCGGGACAACGGAGGCUGGACUGGCUUUCACCACCACUUCACUCAAAAGCAGUCUUCCCCACAAAGUGACCCAAGCAGUACCCUGUGCUGUAUAAUGGCUGCAGCAGCAGGAUUUGGACUGGUGGGAUUAGCUCUUCUAUUAGCCGUACGAUAAUGGAUUUUAAACUGUUUAUACCAAUCUUGGAAGCAAAGACCUAAGAGAUUUGGAAGAGGACCAGGUGCAGAAGAGACAAUGGCCUCAGUUGUUAAUUGCCAUCUGUUAAGAUGACUGAAGUUGGAAGAAAAAACCAGAUGAACAUGGAACCAUCUCAUCAAGACUGUUAAAGAGCAUUUGAAAAUGUGCAUCUUUUUGGUUUUUGAUUAAGAAACUGUCAUCUUGAACAUUGCCGUAAUAACUGAUGAACUAACUGUUCUCUUUGACCAGUGCUUUUCUCCCCCCCGCCCUUUUCUCCUCAUAAACUGGUUCGCUGUUCAAAGGCUUUUGUGGAAGGGGACUUGAAAUGUUGGUACUUCAUAUUCUGUAAGAGUAGCUUAUGGUAUGUCUUGUAUGGUGUCUUAAUGGAGUGAAGCCUCAUGUCUUACCCAAGAUUUCUAAUGUCUUUAAUAAUAGGUAUCUGAUACCUUUCCUUAUAAAGUAUUGGGUGGCUACAGUUUAGUAGACAGUUCUAAGUCCUCUGAAGUCUGGAAUUUCUGGGGUCUUUGUUUCAAUAGAUCUUAAUAUAUUUUCAAAGUAUUUAUCACUUCAAUGUAGCAUCUUUUUUAUUCAUUUUUAAAUAAGUUCUAUUAAAAACCAUUUUCUUAUGAA